AUGAGUCAAUUCAUUAAAAUUACCGAUCAAUACACCUAUUUGUUCAGUCUUUGUAUAUGCAAUAAGGUACUGAUUUAUUGCUUAGGCAUUGGUCAACUUAUUGUUGCUGCGUUUUCGCUUGCCCAACAUUUUGUUUCUGUCAUACAAUUUGGUAAGAUAUUCAAAUGCUCAUUUAAUGGAUCCACAAAUGGCAGCAAUGAUGCAGGCAAGAAAUUCCUCAGUCAUGAUAUGAUUAUCUUCGAUUUCGGUUUAUUCCAUGAGCUUAUUAAAGUUGAAGAAUGUGUAGCAAAUUAUUUGGACGGUGGAUAUAUGCGCUGCUUAUGGUGUAUUGGACAAAUGGUGGCGCUAAGUGCAGCAUUGUUCAGUAUGUUGUUUAUACCUAAAGCGCAUCCCAUUUACCUUUGGCCACUUCUUAUCGUCCAAAAUGCUUAUUGCUUCGGUUUGGUAAUUUUAACAAUAGCAACAUCAGAUAAACUUUUAACAAGCCUUUUGCAUCCUGCUAAUGGUCAUUUGAUAUUACUUAUUGUUAUCUUUUUCAUUGGUACUUCAGCGAAUUACUUAUUCGAUUAUAUUUUAUGGCAUUAUUAUUGGUAUCAGGAAACGGAAUAUAUUAAACGGACAGGUUCACCUGUGGUACCUUUUUGGGUGUAA